AUGUAUGACAUUCCGUCGACACGAGUUGUCGCAGUGGAGCACCCGUGUAUCGUCAAAAACGUCAAGAACGGAUUGAAGUCCCUUGGAGGCGAGGCACAAUUGAAACACGUCCUGGAGCACCAUGUUGGCGAUAGUAAGGUCGGGCGCAAAGAAAAUCUCCUUCCGGAGCCUGUCGCCGGAGUGGUAUUGCGACCUGACGACCCAUUCGCAAAGAAAAUUCCAUCUGUCGGCAUUGAGACGCGUAAUGUCCUCGUGAAAGUCACCUUGCCAAAAGCAACAGGUCGCAAAAGAAAGCGCGGAUCUCAAGACCCAUUUCGCCUUUUGAGCAAUGAGGCGGCAAACGCUACCAGCGUCACAAGUUUGGACAUUUUAAGAAAGAUGCAUGACAAUCAGAGGAAGUACACAAUCGAAGUUAUCGGAGUGGUGAAUGAAACGCAUCGAUUCCGCACUCUUCCAGACUUUCAGCUUCGUGGGUCUGACCAGCCCAUCAUGGAUGUUCUAAGAAAUAACAUUCUUACGCCGGAUUACAAAACGUUGCGAGAAUUCAAACCAGAUCUUAGUCCCGGAGGAGGCUCGAUAGCGUUUCCUGGACCGCCAAGUUUUGCCCAUAUCGACAUCCCAUAUCGAUACGAGUACCAACAAGCCCCUGGUGUUGUUGUCAUACCUGGUGAUGAUGGCAAAUUAAUUGCGAAAAACGUCCAUGGGCCUGCGAGAAAGGUGACGUGGGCGCUACCUCCCGAUCUUGACGAGGUACCUCAAGGUCCUCCUCACCACAUUCCGUUGACGAGCCCAGAUGGCCUGCUAUUACCACGAGCGGUUAGGCAGCUACAGGAAUUACUUGAGAAGCGGCCUCUCAUCACCAAGAGAGUCGCGUUGAACACGAUACCAAGCAUCAGCGACAGCAUAUUCAAGGAAGCUUCGCAAUUCGUAGGGUACUCUUUCAGCGCAGGCCCCUGGCGUGAUACUUUGAUAAAAUACGGCGUAGACCCCCGCAAGGACCCCAAAUAUCGCACGUAUCAAACUCUGAUGUUCAUGAUCGAUAAGGAGUCGAUGAAAACGUCGGGCUCUGUGUACGGCCAUUGGCUCCGACCGGAACGACAUCAGAGAGACAAUCCAACAUCUCACAUCUUCGACGGCAAAUCCAUCACUACGAACGGGAAGAUCUGGCAGAUCUGCGACGUGACGGACCCUCUGGUGCAAGGAAUAUUUCAAACGGAUGAAAUUCGUGUGGAUUGCGACAUUCACCGAUUCGGUUGGUUCCACAAUGGCACACUCGCCAAAGCCCGCGCGAUCAUGAAAGACAAAAUGAGGUUGCUAUUUGCUGGUGAAGUGCCUUUGGAGGAAGACUAUCUUCCGAUAUUAGCCUGUCCAGACGAAUUGCAUCAUGCAAACAUACACAAGGCUGUCAUGACCGAGAGGCAGUAUGGAAAACGAGUUGCACGGAUGUCAACUGAUGUUCGGGCGAUUGCUCAGGCGCAGGGCUCACACCUGGGCGUCAAAGGUUGA